UCCCGGCUCCCGCGCCGUCCGCGCGCCCCGCAGCCACCAUGCCCGCGGCCCGGCCGCCCGCCGCGGGACUCGGCGGCGUCUCGCUGCUCCUCGCGCUGCUCCUGGGGAGCCCGGCGGCAGCCCUGGCGGGAGGUGCUGGCCCAGAGGGACACGCUGGACUCCCAGGUCCCCAACUCCUGCCCUCUGCAGCACUGGAGAGCAGCAGCCUGAGCCAACAUAACCCCAAAGACGAAGUUACCAUGGUGCCUCCAAACCCUGUGCAGUCGGGGGAAGAGCUGGGUGAGCUGGAGCUGGAAGGGACAGUCCCCUCCUCACACCACCACCCCGCCACCUUGUCACCACUGCCCCCAGAGGUGGCCGGGACAAUGAACACAGUUGCUCCCAGGAAGAAGCUGUCCUCACUCAAACUGGUGACCUCAGCCUGGAAGACACCAAGACUCAAAUCCACCUCCACUUCCACAGACCCCGCCAAGGCUGAGGCGCACCCUGCAGCAUCCGCGGAUCCUGGUCUCCACUCCUCCUCCAUCGAGAAGCCCCGCCCACCAGGGGACAUGGACUUGGGAGUCCCCUCCCAGCCAUCCUCGGAGAGGCCCAUCUGGCUGCAAGGCAAGGAGGGCACUGUGCCCACAACUCCCGAGCCCCUGCAGAUCUCCCCUUUCACCUCGAAGCCCUUGGUGGCGCACACACUCCUGCAGAGGCCCAAGCCAGGGGACCCUGCCGCACAAGCACACAAGGAGACCCCUGAGGCUCCAGCUGAGGAUGCCAGCCCCGGGACCCUAAUGGACAAGGGUGACAAUGAGCUGACUGGGUCAGCCUCAGAGGAGAGCCAGGAGACCACCACGUCCACCAUCAUCACCACCACCGUCAUCACCACCGAGCAGGCCCCAGCUCUGUGCAGCGUGAGCUUCUCAGACCCUGAGGGAUACAUCGACUCCAGCGACUACCCACUGCUACCCUUCAACAGCUUCCUGGAGUGCACAUACAACGUGACAGUCUACACUGGCUAUGGGGUGGAGCUCCAGGUAAAGAGCGUGAACCUGUCGGAGGGAGAGCUGCUCUCCAUACGAGGGGUGGACGGCCCCACCCUGACCGUACUGGCCAACCAAACACUGCUGGUGGAGGGGCAGGUGAUCCGCAGCCCCACCAACACCAUCUCUGUCUACUUCCGGACCUUCCAGGACGAUGGCCUCGGCACCUUCCAGCUGCACUACCAGGCCUUCAUGCUGAGCUGCAGCUUUCCCCGCCGGCCAGAGUCUGGGGACGUCACGGUGCUGGACCUGCACUCGGGUGGGGUGGCCCACUUCCACUGCCACCUGGGGUACGAGCUGCAGGGCGCCAAGACACUGGCAUGCAUCAACGCAUCCAAGCCCCACUGGAGCAGCCAGGAGCCUGUCUGCUCAGCCCCCUGUGGAGGAGCAGUGCACAAUGCCACCAUCGGCCGGGUCCUCUCUCCCAGUCACCUUGGAAACAGCAAUGGGAGCCAGUUCUGUGUGUGGACCAUCGAAGCACCUGAGGGACAGAAGCUGCAUUUGCACUUUGAGAGGCUGUCGCUGCAUGACAAGGACAGGAUGAUGGUGUACAGUGGGCAAACAAACAAGUCUGCCCUCCUGUACGACUCCCUGCAGACCGAGAGCGUCCCCUUCGAGGGGCUGCUGAGUGACAGCAACAGCAUCCGAGUCGAGUUCACCUCCGACCAGGGCCAGGCAGCCUCGGCCUUCAACAUCCGCUUCGAAGCCUUCGAGAAAGGCCACUGCUAUGAGCCCUACAUCCAGAACGGGAACUUCACCACGUCCGACCCAACCUACAACAUCGGGACGGUGGUGGAGUUCACCUGUGACCCCGGACACUCGCUGGAGCAGGGCCCAGCCAUCAUUGAGUGCGUCAAUGUGCGUGACCCAUACUGGAACGACACGGAGCCCCUGUGCAGAGCCAUGUGUGGUGGGGAACUCUCUGCUGUGGCUGGGGUGGUGCUGUCCCCAAACUGGCCAGAGCCCUACGUGGAAGGUGAAGACUGUGUCUGGAAGAUCCACGUAGGGGAGGAGAAGCGGAUCUUCCUAGAUAUCCAGUUCCUGAACCUGAGCAACAGCGACAUCCUGACUAUCUACGAUGGUGACGAGGUCGUGCCCCACAUCCUGGGCCAGUACCUGGGGAGCAACAGCCCGCAGAAGCUGUACUCCUCCACACCAGACCUGACCAUCCAGUUCCACUCCGACCCUGCCGGCCUCAUCUUCGGGAAGGGCCAGGGAUUCAUCAUGAACUACAUAGAGGUGUCAAGGAAUGACUCCUGCUCAGAUUUGCCCGAGAUCCAGAACGGCUGGAAAACUACAUCUCACACGGAGCUGGUGAGGGGAGCCAGAAUCACGUACCAGUGUGACCCCGGCUACGACAUUGUGGGGAGCGACACCCUAACCUGCCAGUGGGACCUCAGUUGGAGCAGCGACCCCCCAUUUUGUGAAAAAAUUAUGUACUGUACUGACCCCGGCGAGGUGGACCACUCAACCCGCUUAAUCUCCGACCCAGUGCUGCUGGUGGGAACCACCAUCCAGUACACCUGCAACCCUGGCUUCGUGCUGGAAGGGAGCUCGCUGCUCACCUGCUACAGCCGUGAGACCGGCACGCCCAUCUGGACGUCUCGCCUGCCCCACUGCGUCUCGGAGGAGUCCCUGGCAUGUGACAACCCAGGGCUGCCUGAAAAUGGGUACCAGAUCCUGUACAAGCGGCUAUACCUCCCGGGAGAGUCCCUCACCUUCAUGUGCUACGAAGGCUUCGAGCUUAUGGGUGAAGUGACCAUCCGCUGCAUACUGGGGCAGCCAUCGCACUGGAAUGGGCCCCUGCCCGUCUGUAAAGUUAAUCAAGACAGUUUUGAACAUGCUUUAGAAGUAGCAGAAGCGGCAGCUGAGUCAUCGCUGGAAGGAGGAAACAUGGCCCUGGCCAUCUUCAUCCCCGUCCUCAUCAUCUCCUUGCUGCUGGGAGGAGCCUACAUUUACAUCACCAGGUGUCGCUACUACUCCAGCCUCCGCCUGCCCCUCAUGUACUCCCACCCCUACAGCCAGAUCACCGUGGAGACCGAGUUUGACAACCCCAUCUACGAGACCGGGGAAACCAGAGAGUACGAGGUUUCUAUCUAAAGAGGUGUGCUGGAGAAGGGAGCUCACAGGCACAAACUCAGUUACAGCCUCCUCGAGACAUCUGUCCAGAGACCGCGUGGCAUUUGAUCAAAACCGCAGAAUGUCUGCUGUCUUUGCUUGAGACUCUUGAUUGAAGAUUUACUGUUUUCUUCAUUGUAUUUAUUAUAUUUAAAAUUGAAGUAGGUGUGGUUCGAUGUAUUGCAGCUGCAGCCAAGUUCAUUGACAGCCUCCAUUCCCAAGGCAGGUGGAAUAUCUGCAAAACAGCAAACAGCAGCGCGACAAACAACAGACCAGUCCUCUCCAUCAUCGGCAGUGGCAUGCUGAGGCUGCACCAAGUUGCAUGCAUCUUUGGCAUCCAUGCCCAGGGUGUUACCGGUACAAUCUAACUCCCAAGAUUAGAUUGGAAAGGGUUAACAUGGGUUGGAAUUUAGCAUGGGUACUUAAGCCCAUUCCUGGUUUUGGUCCAAAACAAAUUCUGUGUCCUCUUUCCUAAUGUUACCAGCUUCUAAAAGGUCUUACCCAUCUCCUCUGUCCCCUGGGCUUUCUGAAGGCAGCAAAGAUGUCACAUAAACAUUCUCCUGUACCACCUUGGCCUCCCCAGAUGCUGGCAAAAUAAGAAAAUGUUUUCUUUCUAAAGAGGUGAUAAAUGGCAAAGAAGAACUUUCAAGGAAGAUGAGAGACCUGAGAGUUCCCAUGAAAAAUUGGGCAAAAAGGCACAUUGGGUGGGGAACUGGGUUAAUAAAAUGUUCUUUUCCUUGACAUGCCUUCAAUGAUGAAAGAGCCGGUGAUUUACAGAGUGCCAGAAUCCAUCACCUUGUUUGGCAGGGCCACUAUCUGGCAGGGAUAAUAAAUCCACAGGCUCGGGAGACACAGGCAGCUUCACCCAUACAGUUACAGGGCUUGUGUUGGGAGGCGCUGUGCUCUGAAGUUCAGGGUGAGCCAUUUUCCUUCUGGGGUUCUGGGAUGUCUUGGCCUUCAACACAGGAGACAAAGUGCACUGUUUAUCUAAAGAUGUUCCCUUCAUAGUCAGGAUCUCCCAGGCAGGGAAGGUUCUAGGAGGAGAAGUAAGGAAGGCCCUACUUCCCUGUGUCCUGGAACUUUGGGUGUUGGAUGGCACCAUGGAUGCUGACUGUGCAGGUGCAGAGAAUAGGACCAGGGGCUGAAAUCACAGCAAACCAUACCACAAACUCCGCAUCGUCCAAUCUGAGCAUCAGUGAGGAGAGGAGGAGGAAUUUCAGGCCCAAAAAGGAAGUCAUUGCAGUCACACAGCAUCUUGAUAUUUUAUCAGGGUCCAGUGGAACUGGUGAGUGUGUGGCUCUUUCACAGAUUCUUUUCUAAAUAGAAGUGUUUUUUAUAAAAGAGCAGAGGGUGAAGGUGCACAGAUGGAGUGGUACAUGUGGGAUGAUGUGGCUCCCUGUGCCAUGCGGUGACCGUGCAGUGAUCACACAGCUCAGACAGGCAGGCACGGGUUCAGUGGGUUUUGGUGCCUCUCCUGCUCUCUAGAACUGUUUUAAAUCUGCUGGUUUUCAAACAAAGAAAGGACCAUGCUGGCUGCCAAGCCCUUAAAGAGAAUGGUUAGGAGUCCAUACCUUCAUAGUUACUGUGGAAAAAUCUUGAGCAAGAGAGGACAUUGGUCUUUACACUCACACCCCUUUGCCCAGCGACAGCUCAGACCUCAGUCCUAGGGGUGAGUCUCCCAGAGAAGAGUCCUGCAUGUCUGCUCCCAAAGGCAUAAGCAUUUAUGGGCAGAGCGACAGACAACUAAGGCCUGCUUUCCAGGACCCCAAGGCUCACCCCUUUUAUGAAAGAACCGGAGAACAAGUGUGCCAGGCCACUGGUGAGCAAUGUCGCUUUGGCGAAAGACAACAGUACAAAUAACAUAACCUUGUUUUAAAAGGCAGAAAUCCAGUCCUCACUUUUAUUUCCACUUGAUGCUCAUUCUAACCCUCUGAGUCGUCUACAAUGAAGAACUGUAUUAAUAAUAUUUGAUUUUAGAACAUACCAUGGUUGUGUGAAAACGAAACAUUUGCCUUUUGUAAAGACUGACGAGAUACAAAGUCAUUCUUCUCACCUGGCUCCCUGAAAGUGGCCAAGUCACGGCCCAGGUAUUCUUACUGGCUAUUGGAUGGAUGAAGCAGACGGCCUUUUUUUUUUCAAGAGAGCAGUGUCCUUGCUCUGUCUUGGUAGUGCGGCACCUGUAACUGUGUUUUAAAAAUUUGUGGUACCCUAGAGUUGGGUCAUGCAAGGUCAGCAAUGUGUGGUGUGAUUGAAAAGACAGGUUGGUGUCUGUUUUUUCUUUUUAAAAUAUCUAAGUGUGUGUUUGUAAUAUGUAGAGAUAAAAAAAUUAAUAGUGCCAAAAAUGUAUGAGGCAUCUCCUCACAGUUCAUCUAUGUCUGUUUUUAUAAGAUCAAAAUCAAAACCCAUUGGGAUGAAAUAUUUUGGGGCAGAAUACCCUCUUGAGAAACUCAACAAUGGGCUGCAACUUCCUACAUGUCGCUCAUUUUUAAAACAGGGGGGGAAGACGUUUACAGAGAGUGUGAGCUUCAGAGAACGCAUGUGCUGUGUGUGUUGCACACUAAUUCAUACAGGCUGUCUUGUCAGCUGCCAACCUGUGCUUUAAAAAUGCACACACUCAACCCUCCUCAGCUUGAAGCUCAGCCUUUCCUUUUUCUCUCUAUUUUCUGGUAGAAUUAUUUAUCCAACAUAAGUCUUCUGAUUGCUAUCUGACAGCCAUCUUUACUUAAUCCCAUGGAUGUGCUUUAACUGUAUCUUUUGAAGUCAGCUCCUUGGAGAGCUUAUGGAACUUCACACUGAUAGCUUUGAAACCUGCCAAGCAGCCCAGAAGAAAGAAAACUGGUCAUGCAACCAGGAUGGCAGAAUAGAGG